CUCUCAUGCCGUGGAGCUCAACACCUUCACCUUUCGGGGCUCCAUUGGAGAUGGCAGGCUCUGGUUCGUGGAAUACUAUGUGCCCUGGUGCCGAGGGUGCAAACGCAUGGAGGCGCAGUGGAACGAGUUGGGCGAGAUCUUCAACACCCACCCCAACGUGGUAAUAGCCAGGUUUGACUGCAUGGCUGACGAGGCGCUCUGCGAGUGGCAAGGCAUCGACCGCACGCCCACCCUCAAACUGUACUUCAAGGGGAAGGCGGUUGAGACGUACAAGGCGGAUUUCUACCACGUUGAUCUCAUGCGCCCCUUCCUGCUCAAGAUGCUGGACA